AACCUGAAAUUUCUGAUUUUAAUCCCGAAUAUAAUUAUAUCGAUGACUUGGUGAAAGCAUGUUAUGAUCAUGGUCCAACUACAAAAAAUGAUCCUAGAUAUAAAAAUAGAAAAUAUCGUGAUAAACUCAAUAUUAGCUUUAUAAAAAAAAUAAAUAGAUGUUAUUUUUAUUUGAUCAACAAAACUCACCUAGGAAAAGGUGUUGAAACAAUGAUUGAUGAUUUGGUAAAAGAAAUUCUUCAAAUACCAAGUAUUUCGGGUCAAGCCAACCAUAUACAAGAAAUUAUUAAUGAAUUAAAUACUGAAAAUAAAACCUUAAAAAAUGAAAACGAAGAAUUAAAAAAAAAUAAUUCUGAAGUUUUAAAAAUUUUUAAAGAAGAAAAUGAAAAAUUAAAAACCCAAGUAAACGAUAAAAACAACAAUAAUACUUCAUUAAAACAGCAGUUAGAAAACUGUAAUAAGGAUCUAAAAAAUAUCGAACUGCAAACUGAAAAAUGUCUAACCGCAUUGGGAUCGAAAUACAACAAAAAUACCACUUUAGACCAAAAUAUGAACAAACUCGUUGAAUUAUGUGAAGAAUUAACUAUUUUUA